AUGUAUUCAAGUAUUUGGUGUCUGUUGGUGAUGCUUACGGGUAAUCUCAUGCACCACGUGUUGUUUGUACGGUGCUGGCGGCAUAACCACUCGUCUCCUGCUGCUGCUGCUACUGCUCCUGUAUCGAACGCGCAAACACAUUCCUAUUCGUGUCGUGGCUGUGCUGAAGCUCGAGAUCUGUUCGCGAAAAUUCGCAUUGAACAAAUCAAACGUGAGAUUCUCGAGAAACUCGGUCUCGACACCCCUCCCAAAGUUCGUCCAGCUGAAGGCUUUCCAUCAAUCCCUCAAGUGGCCAAGUAUUUACGAAGUCAUGUUCGACGGGAUAUUCAUUCGUCAUUCCUAACCGAUGAUCCGACCUAUUAUUACGCCUCAAAUCAAGAACAACAACAAAAAACCGAGCAAACAAUCAUAUUCGCUGAACGUGCUCCAUCCGCCUACAACCAGAAUCUAUUGCUAGCCUAUUUUCGAUUCUCUCGAGAAAUUAUGUCGAAAUCAUUGCGAAGAGCAUUCUUGUAUGUCUUUAUAAGGAAGCCAACAAAUUUACAUGCUGCAUCACGGAUUGGCACUGUUCAAGUUAUCGUCAGAGAGGUGCUCAGAGAUGGCAAGGUAAGUGAGUCGGAUUGGUUUUUGCUUCAUUCUUCUAUUGAUAUUCUUUCAUUCACUGAUAAAUGUCCGAACAGUCUUUUAGUUAGAUGUACGUAG